UGCGCAGUUGCGGACGCUGGGCCCGGCCCAUGGCGCUCGCUCUGCUCCGCGGGGGCCCGGCGGCCGCGCUCCCGGCCGGAGGAUGGUCCCGGCUGCGGCCCCGGGCCUGGAGCUCCGGCCCCGGCCCGUUCCAGCCCCAACGCGUGGUCGUGGUAGCCAAAACCACCCGCUUCGAGUUCGAGCAGCAGCGGAGCGGCGCGGCGGGCGGCGGAGAGCGGGAGGCGGCGCUGCGGCAGCGGCUUGCCACGAAGGGAUCCAGUUACUGCGGAUUACUGGAAAGGCACCACAGUCACAGCGUGAAUGUUCAGCAUGUGCUGGAUAGUCUCCGUAAGGAAGGCAUUGAGGUUCGCCUGGUGAAGCGCAGAGACUACACCGAAGAGACUGUGCGAUGGGCAGACGCCAUCGUGUCUGCUGGAGGUGAUGGUACAAUGCUGCUCACGGCCAGUAAAGUCUUUGGGCGUCUCAAGCCUGUCAUUGGAGUGAACACUGACCCUGAGAGGUCUCAGGGACACCUGUGUCUCCCGCUGAGGUACACUCGCUGUUUCUCCGAUGCUCUCAGGAAGCUGCGGCAGGGAGAGUUCAGGUGGCAGUGGAGGCAGAGGAUCCGGAUCCGCUUGGAAGGAGUGGGAUUCAAUGCCACCCCCGUGGAUCUACACGAGCAGCAGCUGAGCCUGGAGCAGCACACUACAGCCCAUCGCAAGGCAACGAACACCGGGGCGGGGAGUGGGGGCUGUAAUGGGCCCAAGCUGCUGCCGGUCAGGGCACUCAACGAGGUGUUUGUGGGAGAGUCGUUGUCGUCCCGGCCCUCAUACUACGAGAUCUCCAUCGACGGCGGACCCUGGGAGAAGCACAAGAACUCUGGCCUCAACGUCUGCACCGGCACCGGCUCCAGGGCCUGGUCCUACAACAUUAACAAAUUGGCCGGUCAGGAGGUGGAAGAUCUUCUACUGAUCGCUCAACAGAGGAGCCUUGCAGCCAUGCCGCUCGAUCGGGAGUUUGUGGAACAAGUCACUGACCACUACAAUGAUUCGCUCACCUUCUCACCCGAGGAGCCCAGGAUCUUCUUCAGCAUCCGGGAGCCAAUUGUAAACCGAGUGUUCACCAGCACCCUCCACCGCGGCUUCACUAGCAAGUGCGUCUGUCUCUGCGGCUGUAUCCAACGUCAGAGGGCUGUCACAUGCAGGCAACACCUCCUCCCUGCUGCCCCCACCUCCUGCACGAAUGUCCAUCCGCUCCAGGUGCUGGGAUGCCUGUAUGGUGGUCGACGGAGGGACUUCGUUCGAGUUCAAUGACGGUGCGAUCGCCACCCUGACUGUGGAGGAAGAUGAUGCUUUGUGCACGGUGCUGUUGGAAGAGUGAACCCUUGCCCUUCGAUGGGAUUGCACUAUGCCACUACUGAGCAGGGAUGGUGCGUGGUACCUGCUGGUGUUGGAGGGGCACUGACCUGGUCUGCUGUGUACCAGCUGGUGAUUGGAGCUGCUGGAGAGUUGGUGCAGUACUUUUGUUGGUGUGGUGUGGGUUUGACCUUGAAGAAGAUGCUGUCCACAACCUGGACACCACUCUGAUCCCUCCCUGCUGAUCUGCUCCCUCGCAGACCUGCAGCAUUUCCACUGUUUCCGACCCUGCAGAGCCUGUGUGUGCUCAGGAAGCAUUUCAUCAGCUUGGACUGCAGCCCUGACAUCUCUUGUUCACUGGAUGGAGCUGAGGGAGGAACUGGAGCCUCUGAGAUACUGGCAACUUUACAAUCAAAUGUGAAGCUAAAUAAAGUAUUAAUUUU